UGCCGCGGACGGAUCGCGGAUAGGGGACGGCGCGCUGCGGCCUCGAACGGAGGGGCGGUGACGACGCGUCUGAGGAAGGCGCCGGUGGGCACUGGCUCAGAGUGGAGAGAUGCCGCCGGAGAAGCCUGCUGCGGCCUCGAGCGGAGGGGUGCGGACAACACAUCUUGGGAAGGAGGCGGCGGCGGGCGCGGGCUCGAGUGGUGGAGAGAUGCCGCAGAAGAAGGCUGCUGCGCCCUCGAGCAGAGGGUCUUCCGGCUCGGGUGCUCUUCACGGGAACUCUACUGCCCAGGACUCUGAAGAAUCUGCCGCCGGGCACCCUAGCAAGAAGGCGCGCACAGCCUCGAGUCUGAAGAUACCACAAAAGCGGCUUGAAGGAGAGCUCAGAGGUGCUGCACGAGCAGGAGCAUCCCAAGCACUUUCAGGAAUCUGAUCCCAAUGAGAUUGUACAUGGCAAGGAAGAAAAUAAAGAGGUGCAAGAAGCCGAUCGUCUGAUCGAACAGCUGAAUGAGUUGGGCAUGGGAGAGGAUAUCAGCGAGGAGGAGUUCCUUGAUUACCAUGACAAGCUACCUCGCAUCCCUACUUAUAUUGUUGCCCGUAAACUGACAAAUGAGGAGCUCGACGAGCAAGAUGUUCGCCACGCACUGUAUCGCUUCAGAUCUUACAAGCACAAGUUGAAAGAGGAGGGAAAGGAAGAUACAUUUGACCUUAACGACAUUUCUGAGGCCGACUGUGAUCAAGCCUUCUUAAAGAAGCAGAGAUUUUUCAGGCAAUUCGAGGAAAUUUCCACACUUGAUUGGUAUUUCCACCCUGAUUACUGCAAAGGGGGUUCCCUGAAUGACUACCAACGCCUAGUCCUUCGAAAUUAUGUGAGUUAUCUUCUGUUGCAUGGGUAGUCCCUCAAUUUGUAACUGUGGUUGAUUGUAUUAGCACAACUGUCUGUCUGGCUGUUACAAUCGCACUAAAGCCUCCAAAACUAUGAUCUGAUGAUUGAUGAAUCAACUAAAAGUCAUGAGCUGUGCUAUAAUAAUCACCAAGUAUUGUUGCUUUGAAAAAAAUAAUGGAAAAGUAUAUCAGGGUCCGGACUGUCGACCAGUUACGUGUGCGAGUUCAUGCUACAUUUAGUGAGCCCC